AUGUUGUCCAGUAACAACAUAGCUUCUUCGGCCCCAUGGCGGGAUUCUCAUUCCGGCAAGUCGUCUCCUGACCUCCUCAGGUUCUCGUCCAGCUACAGUUCUCAAAAUGCACUCGACACGCCAAUUUCAGAACCCGCGACUCCCGAGGGGCAUUUCUUCGCUCUGCCAAAGUUACGCACACACUCCAGCACUAGGGCCAACAUCAAACCGCAUAUCAGAGGCAGAUCUCGCGAUGAACGGUCUUCAACAUCAAUCGACUUGUCGCGAUCUUCUCUAGAGCUUGAAGGCCUCGGAAUUUACACAAACCUAGAAAGAGAUGUCAGGUUUUCCCAGAACCGUAGCAGUGCUACGAACCACCAUAGAUCCAUCAGCGAAAUCGCAUCCUCGGCAAACGGAAGUAGAUAUUCCUAUGUCCACCCACGACGUCAAUUGCCAACGCCAGUUACCCCGUCUCUAUGUGAAUCGGCACGUGACUCCAUCGAUGAGGGUUAUUUCUCAACCACCAAUGGAAAUAUCCUUGCCUCGGAGAGCGCAGCUAUUUCAGUGGUAGAUGAAGACUCCCAGUCCAUUAGAGGACUGGAAACAGCCAAAACUUUUACAGAAACCUUUCACAACACUACUAGGCCCAUCAUCCAAAGGGCCAAGACCGAAGUAAACUCUGGGAAAUCAUCUUGGAAACGACUAUCCAAGCGGCAAGUGUCAUCUGACGCUACCGCCUCGCACGCGGCUGCCGUUCAUGCUGCUCGCAUCGCAUUCGAAGAAAAAGAAGCUUCAAAGGGACAGAAAGCCGAGGUUUUACGGAACAAAACUCAGGAGCGCGACAACCGCCGAAGUCUACAGUCAAUGAUACACCAGAGUCCUAAACAAUUAGAGGAUAUAUUGUCACCAUCUCAAAGAAGAAAUAAUGUAGACACGGUGGAUGGCGCAGAGUUAGAAGCAGAGGCAGAAGGAUACGAGCCAGUCAGGAGACUCUCACAAUCUCCUCUGAACAACAAUAAUAACUGGGUACGGUUUAUGACUUGGUCGAGGACCCGAUACUACAAGGCAAAGAGGAAGGUGUCACUAUCGACUUUUACAGUCAAUUAA